AGUAGACAUAACAAUUCAUGAAAGGUUAAGCAUGUAGGAUUUGUAAUUGAAAAUAGCAAUUUAUAGCAGAUAGGUAGUGGGAUCUCUACUUUUGAACUACUUUUAAAAGGAUUAACAACCAAGUUUAAAUAACCUAUUGAUAUACAGCUGAUAGAACAUAUUUGGUAGUUGUUUGAAAUAAUGAUGGGAAGGCGAUGGUCCAUAUAAAUCAAAUCCAGCAAAAGAGGUAGAACAUUUAUCCGAUCCAAUAUCAGUGCUUCAACAGGAUGGAUCACAAGUUGAUAAAGAGUCUUCUCCAGUCUAGUCAUCAGUUAUACUAUGUAUAUUGAUCUCCUUUCAAGAAGAAUUUCCAGAAUUACACAUGCUUGAGGGAGCCAUGCUUAAAUUCUCCUUUUUUCAGCCUAACAUUUUAGCUUUCAC